AUGGAUCCCGGAACCUACAUCGCCGUGGCCGAGAUUGCCUUUCGUACUGCCUCAUUUGCAGUCCGGACCUUUCGCAACGGUCUCAACUUCAGCAAAGAUGCAGAACAACUCGUCCUCCGCUUCGAGCUGGAACGUUUCCGGCUGCAGCUGUGGGGAGAGAACUCCGGCCUGGUGCCCCUGCCGGGAUCCGGCGAGAGGCCAAAACUGCCGCCUCGUCUAGAGCCCCUCUGCGAGGUGUUGAAGAACCAACUCGAGGAGAUCGCCGGCCUGUUCUGCCAGCACGGAACGCUGAGUGAUAGAUACGGGCUGGCGAGGACCGAGGAGGCCCCGACAAAGUCUGAAAGGGUUGCUGACUUGGUACUGCGGAUGCAGAAAUCCUUCCUCCCGCGCAGGACCAGCUUGGUCAAGGAUGAAGAUGAGGAUGAGGAUGUCGACGUAGAAGAGAUAGAGACAAGUCUACAAAGACUGGGUACUGGUGCUUCUAGUAAAUCAUCCUCCGGCCCAGUCAAGAUGACGACGUCGGCAUGGAAAAAGAUCCGGUGGUCGAUCUUGGAUCUCAAAAGGUUCGAGGCACUAGUCUCAAAUCUCUCCUCGAGAGUGUCAGCCCUGAACCAACUGCUCACAGAGGCCUCGCAACAACGAAAAGCCCAAGAGAACGAUUCCCGCAUCAACAUCGUCCUCGUCGGCAGCGCAGUAGACCAGGAAUCACUCAACCUGCUACGUGCCGCCGUCAGCGGCUAUCCGGACACUUCACCGGCUCGCCUCGUGGUCGAGCGCAAGGCCAUCUCGGCCGACGUCCCCUGGCUCCCACCCAUGCCGGCCCUCCCACCUGCGCCCUCCCAGCGGAGAGGCCUCAGGCUUGCCGACUUCAACCUCCCGCGGGCAUACGAGGCCGGUACGGCACCCGCAAGAUUCUUGACUACCAGGAAAGCAGCAGCUCAAGGCGAUGACGGGAACCUCUUCCUCUUCGAGAAGAAGGUGUACGAUCGGGGCAUCAAGCCAGAUGAUAAGCGGAAGCUCACCGAACGCAUCCAGCGUCUGGUCCUGCUGCUGAGCAAGCCCAAGGGCCCGACUUUUAUGACCUUGGCGGCCGAGGGCUGCAUUCAAGAUCCAGAGCACUACUGCUGGUGGCUCGUCUUCCGCUACCCCUCGCCGCUGUUGCCCUCGCCCACAAGCCUACCCGGCCACGUCACGCAGACGCCCGUCUCCCUGGCGACGCUCCUCGACCCCCGCACCAAGUUCCGCCCACCGCUCGAGCAGCGGUACAUGUUAGCCUCGCGCGUCGCCGGCACCUUUUCCGAGCUCUUCUCCUCCAGCUGGCUGCACAAGGGCAUACGCAGCGACAAUGUGGCGUUCCCCGCGCUGGCAUUCUCCUCGACGGCCGACUACGGCGACCAACUCUCGCGCGUCGGCGGCGGCGGCGGCGGCACCAACGCCGUGAUGUCCUCGCUCGCCGUGUGCGGCUUCGACUACUCGCGGCAGGAGAGCGAGGCGGCGACCAUCGACCAGGCCCGGUCGUCGGGGGACGUGGCGACGGCCAUGUACCGCCACCCGCGCUACCAGGGCGCCGCGGCCCAGGGCUACCGGCUCGAGUACGACCUGUACUCGCUCGGCCUGGUGCUGCUCGAGAUCGCGCUGUGGCGCCCGCUCUCGAGCUUUCUGGAGGGCAAGCCGGCUGGCGGUGCGGCGGCGCAGAAGGCGGCCAAGAGCAGCAUCUUUGCCGCGGCUGCUGCUGCGGUGGGUGGUGGUGGUGGCGGUGAUGGGGCAGGGGAGGUGCGGCUCUCGAGGGACAUGCGGCUGUUUCACAGGCCGCACGCCCUGCUGCUCAGGAAGAUGGUGCUGCGGCAUGUCGACUCGGAGCUGGCUUUUCGUGUCGGGUCGCCGUAUCACCGUGCUGUUGUGUAUUGUCUCAAGGCGGCGGAUGUGUAUGAUGACGCGAAUGGUGAUGUGAAGGCGCUAUGUGAUGAAGAGGAUCUGGCAUCGCAUCCUGCUUUGGAGUUUUAUAAUCAGGUGGUUGUUCCUCUGGCGCGUUUGUCUGCUGCCACGGUGGAAAGUGGGUGA